AUGGAGAACAAUACAGAGGUGACUCAGUUCAUCCUCCUUGGACUAACCAACGCUCCAGAACUGCAGGUCCCCCUGUUUAUCACGUUUACUGUCAUUUACCUCAUCAAUGUGAUUGGAAACCUGGGGAUGAUCAUUUUGAUUCUCAUGGACUCUCAUCUCCACAUCCCCAUGUACUUUUUCCUUAGUAACCUGUCUCUGGUGGACUUCUGUUACUCCUCAACGGUCACUCCAAAGGUGAUGGCGGGGCUCCUCCUAAGAGACAAGGUCAUCUCCUACAAUGCGUGCGCUGCUCAGAUGUUCUUUUUUGUAGCCCUGGCUACUGUGGAAAAUUUCCUCUUGGCCUCAAUGGCUUAUGACCGCUUUGCAGCUGUGUGUAAACCCCUACAUUACACCACCACCAUGACAACAAGUAUGUGUGCUUGUCUGGCCACAGGCUCCUACAUCUGUGGUUUCCUAAAUGCCUCGGUCCACAUUAGGAACACAUUCAGUCUCUCUUUCUGUAUGUCCAACCUAGUCCAUCACUUUUUCUGUGAUGUUCCAGCAGUCAUGGCUCUCUCUUGCUCUGAUAGGUAUAUUAGUGAGCUGAUUCUUCUUGUUGUGGCAAGUUUCAACAUCUUCUUCGCUCUCCUGGUUAUCUUGACUUCCUACCUGUUCAUAUUUAUAGCCAUCUUGAGGAUGCGCUCAUCUCAGGGACACCAAAAGGCUUUGUCCACCUGUUCUUCCCACCUCGUUACAGUCUCCGUCUUCUAUGGGACAAUCAUCUUUAUGUACUUACAGCCCAACUCCAGUCAUUCCACGGACACAGACAAAAUCACAUCUGUGUUCUAUACAAUGGUCAUCCCCAUGCUGAACCCCCUGGUGUAUAGUUUAAGAAACAAGGAGGUGAAAAAUGCAUUCAGGAAGGUAGUUGAGAAGACAAAAUUGUCACUUCACCAUUUGAAGUUGUAG